AUGGGCCAUAUUUUUAAAACCAAAACGACAACGCAAUGCUUCACUAUCUCGAUCUUCUCGGCUCAUUUCAACUGUUGUUCGCUAGCUAAAGUUGUACAGUUUCAGAGUUUGAUCUUCAUAUGUAUCAAUUGCCUGAAUAAUCUUGUCAUUUUGGGAGCAAUUAUUUCCGCUAAUGGUGCUGUUAAAGAAUUACGGGAACGGCGGCUAUGUAUAUCGAAGCUCCAACACCAAGCCGGCGACGGAAGCUCUUCCUUGCAUCUGACGGGUGUUGAUGAAGGAGGAGAGAGAUUCAAGGUGGAGGAAUCAGAGAAAUCCAUUUUCAUCUUACAUCCUUAUGUUCCUUCAACCUAA